UGUAUCGCAUCAAAUUCAACGAGACCUACGCGGAGAUGAACAAAGGCACCAACGAGUGGAAGACUGUCCUGGGGGCAGUGUUUUUCUUUUUGGGUGUCACUGGCCUCAUCCUCAUCUGGCAGAAACAUUUUAUGUACGGCCCCAUCCCACACACCUUCUCUGAAGAGUGGGUGGCCAUGCAGACCAAGAGGAUGUUGGACAUGAGGAUGAACCCCGUGGAGGGCAUCUCUGCCCAGUGGGAUUACGAGAAGAACGAGUGGAAGAAGUGAAAGGAACUCAGUGGAACCUGCUCUGCUUGAAUAGGAAGUGAUUCCAUCAGCCCUGUGUGACCUCGUUGCUCGUGUACUGGAACAACCUCUCCACCUACAUAGAUGCUAAUAAACGUCUGGUUAACUUGAAAA